GCUGCAGAUAUGCCGGAUCUAAACAAUUUAAGUUGAAGUAAUUCAAGCCCGCCUGCAUGUCUGGGCCUCCGUGCCUGAGUGUCCCUAUAGGAGUGGUAUGGAACAGUCCGUAAUCAGGAGCAAGGUUAAAUAAAACUUUCCAUCAUUCCAGACAGUCCUCCCUUUUCCUUUCUCUAAAGUCGAAACUACUUCCUUCCAUCAUUCAUCUACAUUCCCGCUCACACCUGCCAUCUACAAUUACCUUUUAAAACAACUCAUCAUCACCUUCCGCAACAGCUUUCAAUAACCAUAGCACCUACAUCCGAGAAGCCCACGUCGAAAAUGUCGGCAAAGAAGACGGGAACCAAGCACCGAGAGGUGGCCAACAAAGUCACAAAGACAACCACGACGAAGAACACCACGACCAAGCACCGAGAGUUGUCUGACAAGGUGACGAAGACUAUCACCACGAAGAGCACCACGACCAAGCACCGAGAGGUGUCUAAGAAUGUGACGAAACCUAUCAAGAAGAGCUGGGAGGACAUGCCGUCACCUGAGCGAACGCGCAGGAUUCACGCCAUGGUCGACAACCUCCGGGAGCCGGAGAGUGAGGAGGAAGAUGAGGAAAGCACGCCGACAGAGCGUAGCAAGGUUGACGUUGGAAAGUGUCCCGCGAGUGGUUCAAGGGUGCAACAGAUUUACCGCGCCGCCGUCCUCAAUUCGGUCGAAUCUGGAAAACGCCAGGCACUGACUGUGGAAAAGAUCAAGGCGGCCUCAUCCCUUUUGACUCCGGCACCCACUCCCCCGAAACCCACCAGCUCCGCGUCCCGGUCGCGAAACAUCAGCAAAGACCCGACUAUCGACGACCACGCACUGCGCGACAAGAGAAAACGAAGUCGAAGUAACAAGAAAUACACGAAAGCACACACAAGCACACGAAGACGCGAACCCCCAAUACACGCACCCACCAUGUCGUCCUCAACAUUCACAUCCCUCCGUGGCCUCGCCACCCGCCUCUUCGCCGGCGCGCGUUCCUCGCCAUCAUCCCUCCUCCUCACCAAGCCCGCGACCGCCGCCCUCCCCGCUAUCCAGCACCAGCAGCAAACCGCUUCCUACGCGACCAAGGGCAAAGGCGGUCCCCCAGCCGGCAUGUUCUCGGGCCAAAAGGCCGGCGCCAAGAAGUCCAAGGGUCCCAAGCAAGUCGACCCGCGCAUCAUCAACAUCCUGCGACACUUUGCCGUGUUGUCGCCCAAGCGGAUCCCGCCCCCCCUCCGGUUCGGCCGCAACAGGUACCUGCGCCACUGGGCGAUCCAUCGCGCUUGGUUGCUCUGGCGUCGCCAGCAGCGCGAGCAGCGCGAGCGUAUCCUGAUGCAGCAGCACCAGAGCAUGAGCAAUGCGUGUGAGGAGCUCCGCAACACAGAGGGCCCCGGAACGAGGGAGACGGGAUACCUGUAUCGCGUGGCGAUGCUGAAGACGGGGGUGUAUGGACUCAAGAGCAUUCCGAUUGAGUAUGCUAGUCGGGCGUUGGUGGAGACGCCGGGUAGGCAGGCUUGGAAUCAUGAGUGGAAGCGGUAA